AUGGAGUUCACCACAGAUUCUAAAAGCUUAGCAAUCAGCGAUCGUCGAAGCAUAAGCCUAUGGAACGUUGUCACUGGUGAGCGACAAUGGUUUCAUGAGGACUCCAGCCUCUACGCUACCAAAUUAAAACUAUUCCCUAAUGGAAAGGUCUUGGUCGCUUUAUCGCAUAAGGGAGCCUUUUUGGUAGACACGAGCACAGGAGACAGCAGAACAAGAGUCGACUGGUGGUCUUAUGUCCUGGAAACUCUUGAUCGAUGGAGUGCUGAGAUAGUGCAUAUCUCAUUUUCUGAGACUGGCAGAUCUGUUCUUUUUAGCGUAUCGGAUACUAACGGGGGGGUUGAAGUUCUGACCUGGGAUCUAGCAUCACGCAAUAUUGACUUGUUGAAUUCGGCUAAUCAGAACAUAUCCGGCAGUGUUUAUUUCGGUUGGACGCCUGAUGGGGCUGAUACGAUCAACUGGAGGGGACAAGCCAUUUGUAUUAUGUCGGAUAUUAGGAGGUAUGAUGAAGAGAAGCGUACGGCAGUUGGAAACCGCGUGGUUAUCGCCCAGGAUGAUGGCCAGUUACGAUUCUAG